AAUGCAAAUUGUGGAUAAAAUGGAAUCUAACACUGAAAGUAACAUGGAGGACAAAAUUGUUGACAAGGAAAAAUUAGCCAAUGAUGUUGACGUUAAUGAAAAUUUAUCCAAACAGUGUAAUGGAAAUACCAUGUCAUUUGUCAAUAGAAACAUAUCAGAAAAUGAAAAUCCCAAACUAAAUGACAAUUCUCACAUGAGCCAUGAAAACAGUGAAGUGGAGCUGUGCCUGACAGAAGAAAACUGUGAACUUCACAUCUCAGAAGACUCGGACAUUGAGUGUGAAAGCCAAGAAAUAAACAAAGAUUCCGGCAAACUUAAAGGUGAAAACAAAGAGAACAGUGACAGCUGUGAUCACAGUGAUAUUGGUGAAGAAGAGAUCAAAGAAAAGGAUACGAUGAACAACAAAAACCAGACAACAAACUCUCCAGAGACAACAGCUGAUGUACAGGAUGACAACAUUGAAGACAGACGGGAACAUUCAUCUCAAUUUAAAUGUGAAGAAAUGGACACCUAUUUAGAGAAGACAGAGGAAGACAUUGAAGAACUACAUGAAGAAAGUGCAAAUGAACCUGAUAAUCUCAAAACCCCAAGUGAAAAUGGUAAACGUCAAGUUGACAACACUAAAAAAUUACAAGAGGAUGAUGAAGACAAUGGUUUGACAUUAAACAAGAAAGAUCUGUCAGACGAGCGCAAAGAAAACGCAAAUGUGGAAACAACAAAGGAGAGUCAUAGCCCUGACGAGAUGGUAAGAGCCGCCAACUCCACAGAGAGUGAAGAUAGGAAUGGUUCUUCACAAGAGACUAGUGAUGACGAUAUUACAACAGAACCAGUAGAUGAUGUUACAGAUGAAAAGUGUGAAGACAAACACCUCCGUGAUUCAGUGUAUGCUGAGGAGGACAAGACGUUAAGUUUGGCUUCAACAGAGAGGGGUGGCCCUGAUGAGAGAACUUUUGAAUAUAAUGAGCCAGAAAAUGAAGAAAGAGAACAGACCGUAAUAUCCAAGGAUUCUCAAAUAAACUCAGAAAAUGAUGAAAGUGAUGUUAAUCAAUCAAAAGUGAAUGAAAAUGUUCUCAAAGACAAUUGUGAGAAUGGUUCUGGUGUUGACAGUACUGAAAUAGUGGAGCCGUCUGCAGCAUCCAGUGAAACCUCACACCUUCUAGACAGCAAUAUGUACAAACCAGCGGCCACAAACUCUGAUGACAAUAAACACAAUGACACUGAAAGUGCACAAGGCAUACAAGAAUCAAUAAAUGAAUCUAAAAAGGAAACUGAAAUUGAAGUAAACAUGUUAUUGGAAUCUGAAAAUACUGGGAAUAGACAAAGCAAUGCUGAGGAGGGGGACCACACAGCAGAAUGUGUCCAGGUAAACACAGGUGAAGAUCAGAGACUAGGAGACCCGGUAGAUAAAGGUUCUUGUGAUGAAAAUAUCCAAGUAGAGACCCCAGCUAGUAAAACUGAACCAGUGACAAAUACUGAUCUUAAGAGUCUUAAAGAGUGUGACAAAACAGAGCACUCAUCAGAGAGUGCUGCUAGUAGUGAUAUGCAGCCAUUAGGAGAAACUAUCACCGAGGUAUCGGGAGGAAAUGCUGAAUCUGUGAGCAAGGAAAUCUCAAAAGUAGAAAGAAAAUUAAAUGACAAUGAUCAGUCUGUACAAACUGUGGACAAAGAGAUGGAUACUUCAUCAACACAAACAGUGCCAAAAGAAUCACAAGACCAGAGCAGUGAAACCAAUUCACAACAAGUAGAAUCUGUACACACUCAAACAGCAGACUACAGAGUGGAGUGUGAACAUAAGGAAACAGAUACAGACAGUUUAGAAAACAAGACAGAGGUUUUUGAUAAGGAGACCUCUGUCUCACACCCAGAGAGAACAGAGAGCUCAGUCCAAACAAUGUCAGAAAGCCCAACAGUCAACGAAGCAGGGGAUUCUCCUAAAAAGGAAGAAGAUCCAGAGGAGGUUAAUCAACUGAUAGAGCCCACAAACCUAGAGCAGGCCAGUCAGACUGACCCGCAGGAAAACAGCUCUCUAAUGACCCAAACAGAGGAGGCUAAUCAACUGAUAGAGCCCAUAAUCCUAGAGAAAGCCAUUCAGGCUGACCCACAGGAAAACAUCUCCCUAAUGACCCAAACAGAGGAGGCUAAUCAAUCAAAAGAGCCCAUGAAUGUAGAGCAAGCCAUUCAGACUGACCUACAGGAAACCAUCUCUCUAAUGACCCAAACAGAGGAGGCUAAUCGACCAAUAGAGCCCAUAAAUGUGGAGCAAGCCAUUCAGACUGACCCGCAGGAGGCCAUCUCUCUAAUGACCCAAACAGAGGAGGCUAAUCAACUGAUAGAGCCCCUAAAUGGGGAGCAAGCUAUUCAGACUGACCCGCAGGAAACCAUCUCUCUAAUGACCCAAACAGAGGAUUUAAGCACAGAGAAGGAGAAAGCACUUGAGGAAGAAACGGGCAUGUUGAAAGAUCAGCUUAUUGAGGCCAAGAAAAUGAUCCAGGGUCUGCAGGCAGAACUGGUGAAGACAAAGGCCCACAGUAACUACACAGUGACCACUCUGAAGUGUCAGCUCAAGAAAAGUCAGGAGGCACAGCGAGCCCAGCAAUGUCAGUCAGACAGACAGAUGGGCGAAGUGCUAGCACACUUACUCUUUCUGGAAGGACAAUUAAAGAAAGAUAAAACUCACAUAAAACAUCUCCUUAAACAAAAAGAUGACAUCAUUCAAAAACAGAAACUUGACAUUGAGGAUUUAAAAAAUACAAACCAGAGGUUGAUAGAGGCAGUGAGAGAACAUUAUUCAAGAAAAGGGAAAAAUGGACUGUCCAGGGAGCACCAUGACACCAUACAAGGCGCUGAUGCUGAGGUGCCUGGUAGUCCGAAAGUGAAAGAAAAAGUGAAAAACAAAGGUGCAUUUGGUUCAAUGAAAGACAUUUUGUGGAAACAUCGAAGCAGCUUAGAUCUCUCAGAGGCGGGCAUGGAAAUUCAGGGAAAUCUAAAGAAAGGUAGGCAGUACAGCAGCCAAGAAAAUCUGUUUUCAUUGGGUAGAAAAAACAAAGAGGCUAGAGAAAAUAGGGACAAAAAGUGUAAAAGCAUCGCGGGCUAUCCUGAUCAUUCCUUGGACUACCUUAUUCCGGAGGAGUCGGAACUGCGAGAUAUUUCUUUACAUGGAAGUAAUUCGUCAAUAACAAAGAAUCAGAGAAGUGGUCGAAAUGUCAGCUGGGGUAGUGAUAAUUGUGACGUAAAUAUUUCUUAUGACGACAGUGGCCAUCUUAUGGCAACAUCACCAAGUCAAAUGAUGUCGGCAGGUUCAAUGCCAGCACUGAAUAAAAAUUCAAACUUGGAAUUAGUGACUAAAGAUCGCCCCCACUCAAUAUCUAGCAUUGAGAGCUUGUCACGGGAGAACUGUUCCUCAAUUCCUGGUACACCAAAAAUGGAGGAGAAAGUUCCUCACACAGUGUCGCAGGAGUCAUCUAAUCCAUUCAAAAACCUCAAAACUAUCCUCAAAAGGAAGGGGAGUAAAAAUAAGAACAAGAAGCGCACGGUUUCCUUGUCUCAGAGUGCCAAACCUGAAUACGAGGAAGCCAUGAAAAAACAUUUUGAAAAGUACGAAAUGUCGUGAUUCGGUGAAAGGAUACUUCUACAGGAUUAUUGCGUCUUGUUCUCACUUCUGAAAUUUAGUCUAGUCUACCAUAGGAAGUUUCCAAAUAUUAUGUGCAUUAGAUAAAAAAUUUCUGGAAUAUCUAGUUGAAAAAUUCAUCUUACAUUUUCAAGGUCAGGAGAGUUUGUGUCGCGUAUACAAUUGCAUGCAUUCAAUUCCAGUAAAAAUGAUAGUGAAGAAGAUAUCAGAAUUUCCUUUUUAAAGAAGUGGAGCUUUAUCCUUCAAAAGGUCCAAAAUAGACUACUGAUGUGUCUGGCUACAGAUAUUUAUACAUUGAACAAAGUACAUGUAUUUAUGAUUUCCUCAUAAGCUCUCCAUUACUCAGUAGAGUUUUCUGUGUCCAUGUAAUUUUUAUGACAAUACACAGAUGUACAAUAUGUCAUUAUUUUCUGAAUUAUAUACAUAUUGACUACUGGUACUGUUAAAAAAAGAUAUUUUCUUCCUUUUUUUGUGAGCUCAUUUUUUUUUACUUUCAAUUUUCUUUUCUUUUUAAAGGUGUUAAACUUAUGUACUUUAAACACCUCCAUAAGGGAUAUGACUCAAUUUGUUUGAUAUUAUAUUAAAUACAGGCCUUGGCACAAAGCUGUUUGUAUUUACACAAACUUUACAGAAUAUAUGUAUGUUUAUCAACUUUUAAUGUUAUAAAUUUAAUUUCAGUUAAAUAUUUAAAGCCAGAAAGCCCUUUUAAACUCCUUCAACCUGUUAAUCCUACCUACACGUUUACUUACAUUUGACAUUUUAAAUAAAGGUAUCUAUCUCUUUGACAGUUUAAACCAUUUUAAACUUCUUAUGAAUGUUAAAUGUGUACUUUGAAUUUUUUUCUCUCAAUAUUGUUGCAAUUUAUAAAUGUAUUCAUUCGGAAUUAUGUACUUUUAAGAAUUAUUAAUUACUAACAAAACAGUUUCUAAAAGUUUGUUGUUUUUUUUUUUUGAAAAAUGAACUACAUACGAUGAAAAGCUAGUGAUACUUCCCAGUAACACAAUAAGGAAACUCGUGUAAAAAAUAAUUUCCUGUCCAUUUCGAGCAAUAUCUUCCUUUGUUACCCAACUAAACUGUGCCUAGUAACCUCUCUGACAAACAUACAUAUCACUUCGUCAAUUUUCUGUCAUUAAUUAAAACUGAAUCUCAAAGGUAUGGUAAACAGCAGCUAUAACCACCUGUUGGUUUAGAUCCUUUUUUGCAAAUUGAUGUAUUUUACAAUUAAAUUGUAAGAAAAUUAAUGAAACUCAUGUCAGUAAAAGAGAUGCAAGGUUGUUUAAGUAUAUUUUGUUUAAUGCAUGCUUUAAUUUGUAAAGACACCAUAUACUUUCAGAAAUAUAUCCCAAGAUCAAGAUGUAUUUGGUGAAGGUAUUUCUGUGUUUAGGUUCUAUACGUGAAUCUAGAUGACUCUGAACCAGUAAGGUGCUAGUAUUAACGGCUAAAGUGAACGUCACAUUGUUUUGUUGAUUGUUUUUUAUGCCUGUUUUGUUUUUUUCUGUUACUGAGCUUAUUAGUGCCUGCACAUGAUUUUGCUGUGAAAUAUUUUGUACAGUUUUAACAUGCAUAAUGAACUCAUGCAUACAUAAACCAGAUUCUCUUUUUUA